AUGAUGUCGACUAAUCAAUAUUGGAAUCAUAUGUCACCAUGUGAUUUUGAUGAUUUAUUUUCGCUACUUGAUGAUUUUAAUCCUCAAAUUCAAUGUAAUCAAUAUUCUUUGUUACAUGAUGAUAUAAUUGAAGACAACACAUCUUCAUUGUUUGAAAUUGAUAAUUAUCAACAACAAACAUUAUCAAACAAUAAUUCAACACAAGAAUCUAAAAAAUCAAAUUUAGAAUGUCGUGUUUGUGGUGCACCAGCAUAUGGUUAUAACUUUAACCAAAUCACUUGUGAAUCAUGUAAAGCAUUUUUUCGUCGAAAUGCAUUACGGAAUAUGUCUCAGCUAAAAUGUCAUUAUUCGGGUUCAUGUAUUAUUAAUAUUAAUACACGUCGUCAAUGUGCAUAUUGUCGAUUAAAAAAAUGUUUUGAUGUUAAAAUGCGUAAAGACUGGAUUCGUACUAAACAAGAAAAAGAAUUAAGACAAUUAAUAAAAUUAUCAAAAGAACAAAAGAAAAUAAAUGACUUAUCAAGUUAUCAACAAUCUUUUAUUACUCUUCCAAUAAGUCUACAAAGGAGAAAAUGUUCGACAUUAAGAUCAAUUAGUCAAGAAGUUAUUACUGAUCCAGUCAAUACAAAUAAUUGA